AUGGCGAACGAUCAAGUUCUCUAUGUUGUCAAAUCCAACGCCCAAGACUGGUCCUUUUGCGUUGAGAACCACAUAGGUGGUGUAUUGUUUCGACCUGAAACGGGCGGAACGUGGAGCCAGAAGCACUACAAGCCGGGCUGGGUGGUGGAUCAACUGGGAGCGAAGCUGUUCAUGGUCGACUCCAUCCCCGCUGAUAAGGUUGCGGUACUCAUGUGGAACAUGAGCAUCGCAACCUGUCAACCCCAAACCCCCGAGCCGACAGAGACGAGCGAAGAUCGUGUUGUGUCCUUGCUGGGCCAGCUCGAGAGUGCUGGACUGAUCGGUGACUCGAUCUACGAGCAGUUAGCCUGUGAUCGUGUCUUGUCCGAGGUUAUCUCGAAGGAGAAAUACGGUGAGCAUGUCCCAGCUGCUGAUGCUCUCCCUGUGUUCAUGAGUAAUGGCCCCUUUCUGACGCCUCUGCUCGGUGGGCCUGACCUCGUUGAUCCUGCUCCGAGUAGCUUUAAAGACAAAGACGCUGUUCCCUUGACGCAUGAUUUGCUAGGUACGAGCUUGACGACGAUAGAUCUGCUAGAUGACUCUUUCUACGAGGCCCUAGCCCAUGACUUCAUGCUUCCCGAUGAUUUUGUGACGGGGAUAUGCAACUCGCCCUUCCCUCAAAAUCCGGCUCCCGAUGGAUUUAUGCUUCCUGAUGAGUUGUUGACGGGGAUAAACAACUCGCUUGCCUCUGAUAAUCCGGCUCUCGAUGGGUUGGCAAGCGGUGAUACUGCGCGAUCGCCUCCGCGGAAGAGGCCCAGCCUCACUAUAUGCGAUACCGCUCUUGAGACAUCGACGAACAAUGGUGUCUUUCGGAAGCAAGCCCAACUCAACUGGAUUGCUCACGGGACCCCUGCUCCGAGCAGCUCCACGGGCAGCGACAUCCCGGCGAUGCCUGCCCAUGAGGAUCGUCCUGCUCCCAGUAGCCCGAUCUGGGUUAGCUCUGGGAGCAGUGAGGCUUCCCUGCUGCAACUGGAAGAUCGCCCUGCCCAAAGGAGCAGACAAGGCAGUGGGCCCGGGUCUGGGGGCUACAAGGCUCCUCCCGGUAUCACUGCUCCGAGAAGCAUUGGUGAAAGCCGUGAUAAAACGCGGAUGCGAGUAACUGAUUCGCACCAGCUAUCCCCAGGUAUAUUUGACAUCCUUGAAGGAAUCGACCCGCUUUUGAGUGACCCUGCCACUCGGCCAGCAUCGCUACCAGUGCAACUUGCCCCAAAGCCUCCCACAGGCGGUUUACAUUGGAUGAACGUCACCGUCGACAGUAUAGACUACUGCCCGAAUGGGAAGCUCCAGCAAUGGGUAAAUUAUACAUUCGGCUAG